AUGGUGUACGGACGUGAUCCACGUUUAAGACGCAAAGAAGAAGAGCAAUUAACAUUUAAUGUUCUAUCCAAUUCCCAAACUGAAAAUCAGCCACAAGCUCUUCUUAAUGAACUAAAAGUCAGGACCGAUGUUGAAUCAAUCGAUUGCAGCUCCACUCCUGACGCUGUAACUCCGAGCACUGGCUGCUCGCUUACACCGACUGUGCUAAAUGGUCCUACCGACUCUGAUUUGUCGGUUACUACCAAAGACGUCCCUACUGAAGUUCUCCUCUUGAAUGCCUGUACAAUUGGAGAUUGUGACGAGGUGGUUCGAAUUCUUGCCCUCCCUGAACCUCCAAACGUUAGUCAGAAGUAUCUUUACUUCGCGGCCAAGGGAGGUAUGAAAUGCCUUUUUAUACACCUUUCUUAG